AUGGCUACCUUCCUAGCUAGCCCUGUUCAGGCGUUCGUGAUCGCGUCGCUGGUCGUCACUGGUACCUACCUCUAUAGUAAACUAUACUAUAGACGAUUCAAACAGAAUGCACACCUUCCUCAGCUUCCUUCAUCUCUCCUCUGGGGGCAUCUUAUGGCUUUCGAUCGGUAUACAAAGCAAGGAAUCCCAGAUCGCCACCCCGAUAUCAUCUUUGCCGAAAUGCAUCGAGCGCUGGGAGAACCGCCGAUUAUGCUGCUCGACAACUGGCCCAUCGUUCCACCUAUGGUCAUAGUUGCGAGCCAUGACGUUGCCGAACAAGUAUCAAGACCUUCGACUAAGUUCCAAUUUAGUGCACCGAAAUCAUCGUCGGUGGACCGCAUUGUGAACUUGAUCGGUCCGAACUCUAUUUUACUCAAACAGAACGAGAAAUGGAAAUCAGUUCGGAAGAGAUUCAAUCCAGGCUUUGCACCCCAGCAUUUGAUGACUCUUCUACCUGUCAUUAUAGGGAAAGCGGCUCCGUAUCUUCAGAUCCUUGACGAGCUCGCCCAUGCUGGGGAGGUAUUCCAGUUUGACCAACCCACGACGAAUCUAACUUUUGACAUCAUCGGAGCGGUAGCUAUGGACGAAGACAUGGGCGCCCAACACCAGGAUCCAGCUCAUCAGGGUGAACUCAUCCGCAUGUUUGAGGAACUAAUCAAGACAUACGCAGACGAUAAGCUUCAAUUGCCUUGGUGGUUGAUGCCCCGUGCCCACCUAAGGCGGCGGCGUCUAGGAGGCCUCAUCUCACAGCAACUAAAAGCUAUUGUGUCGCGAAAUUUCGAGGAGAUGAAAGUCAGAGAGCAUCAGGGCCAGGCUCACAGCAGAUCCCGAAGCAUCUUAGCCCUCAGCCUACAAGAUAUUGAAUCGCUCACACCUGAGAUCAUGGAAGAGACGUGUGACCAGCUAAAAACGUUCCUCUUCGCUGGUCAUGAUACCACAAGUACCACUAUAGUCUGGAGUAUUUACGAGCUGUUCCGAACACCGCAUGCUUUGAAAGCUGUUCGCGCGGAGCUAGAUAGUCUCUUUGGACCGGGGGCUGCACGAGAUCCGGCCAUCGUCCGCGAUAAACUCUUAUCCCCUGAAGGUGCUGAGAUCAUUCACCGGAUGACCUACAUCUCUGCAGUUAUACGAGAAAUUUUGAGACUACACUCCCCUGCUGGGUCUAUUCGCGUGGCUAAUCCUGGUUCGGGGUUCUCAGUUUCCACGUCGCGGGGUGAAUACAACCUCGACGGGAACUGGAUAUACAUCAAUCACAAUCUUAUCCAUCGCGACCGUGCUGUAUUCGGAGAUACGGCCGACAAUUUCGUUCCGGAGCGCUGGCUAGCAUCUGACGGACUUCCAGCCAGUGCGUGGAGACCGUUCGAAAGGGGACCGAGGAAUUGCAUCGGGCAGGAGCUAGCAAAUAUCGAGACACGUAUCAUCAUCGCCAUGCUCGUCUGUCGAUAUGAGUUCACCAAAGUCGGCCUCGGGGAGAUUGAUUUGGAGGGUAACGGCCAGCCGACGGUUAACGCUAUAGGGCAGUUCAAGGUCAAGUCCGAGCUAUACUCUACGAUACAGAUCACUGGCAAACCUGUUGAUGGGAUGAUGAUGAAAGUUAAACUAGCUACAGAAACUUGA